AUGACGCCCCCUACUUGCAAAGGCAUAAAUACCAGGUUCGCACCUCACACCCAUCUCAAAUCCCCCAUCUUUGAGGCAACAAUAACCUCCAUGACGGACCAGGCUGCCCAAAUCACAUCUGACAUCAUUCGCAACCUAGACCGUCUCCUGGUCGUCACAUCUCUUCUCCCAGGAACCGCGGAAGGAAUUGCUCUAUCUCGAUCAGAACUCGCCAGUCUCCGCGAGGCAUCCGCAGUCUGCCCUGACAGAGAUCUUCUUGAGCAAUUCCUGGACUUGCGUGUAGAAAUGGCCAAGCAAGUACGGGAUUUCGAGAAAGCACAAGCCGACCAACUUUUGGUCAUACUCGAGCUCUCAACUUUGAUCAAGCUCCAGAUACAGACUAAACACGGAUACGUCGGACUGGGUGAGGCGUCUUCAAAUGCGCCACCUUCUGUAACGGAAUCCAGCGCUGUUGUUCAGAACUUCAAAAGGCGUUUUCAUAUGGAAUGA